GCCCGUCGCUGUCACCGCCAGUAGGAGGCUGAGGCGGCUGCGCUUUCCCCGACCGGCCUGCCGCACGCCACCGCCGCUGCAGCAGCUUCUUGCAGGAAAGGGAGCCAUCGCUGCUGCUGCUGCUGCUUGCUGCUGCCGCCGCCGCCAUCAUGGUGCCCGAGGCAGGAGCUGGAGCCGCGGCCUGGGGGCUCUGAGCCCCCCAUCACCUCUUCUUCCCCCGCCGCCCUCGCCUUCCUCUGCCACCGUCGUCGUCAUCGCGCCGCCGCCGCCGCCCUACUCUUUCCCCAGCUUCGGGCCGCCGGUUAUUGCACUUAAGAAUGAAUAUUGAAGAUAAGCUGGGAGGAUUGUUUCUUAAAUGUGGUAGUAUAGAGCAAAUGCAGUCAUCCAGGGAUAUGGUUGGAAUGGGUGCUGCAUCUGACCAAUCGGCAGUUCCUGUGGAACGGCAGGAAGCAGUGCUUCAAGACCGAGCUAUGGCACACCAGGAAAUCCUUUCUGCAGAAGAAGUGCUACAGGAAAGUGAACUUCGACAGCAAGAAAUGAUCCCACACGAUGAACUCAUGGUCCACGAAGAGACAGUGAAAAAUGAUGAUGAGAUGGAGGGGCAAGACAGGCUUCCUCAAGGGCUUCAGUAUGCAGUCAAUGUCCCUCAGAUCAGCGUGAAACAAGAAAUUACAUUUACUGAUGUAGCAGAGCAGCAGAAAAGGGACAAAAAGCUAAUACGAGAGGGUUUAGAUAUGCAAAAGAAGAAGAAAAGGAAACAGCGUUCACCAGCAAAGAUCCUUACAAUAAAUGAGGAUGGAUCACUUGGUCUGAAAACUACCAAAUCUCACAUUUGUGAGCAUUGUCAUGCUGCCUUUAGAACCAACUACCAUUUACAAAGGCAUGUCUUCAUUCAUACAGGUGAAAAACCAUUUCAGUGCAGUCAGUGCGAGAUGCGUUUCAUUCAGAAGUACCUGCUACAGAGGCAUGAGAAGAUUCAUACUGGUGAGAAACCAUUUCGAUGUGAUGAAUGUGGCAUGAGAUUUAUACAGAAAUAUCACAUGGAAAGGCACAAGAGAACUCACAGUGGAGAGAAGCCUUAUCAGUGUGAAUACUGCUUGCAGUUCUUCUCAAGGACUGACCGGGUGUUGAAACACAAACGUAUGUGCCAUGAAAACCGUGACAAGAAACCCAACAGAAGUGCCACCAAAAUUGGCCUUUUGACUCCUGAUGAUGAUCAAGGCUUUCCAAUGCCUUUGAAAGACAGCUCUUUGCCAAAGAAGAAAAGGCAAAAAACGGAGAAAUUGAAGUCUUCUGGGCUAGAUAAAGAAAGUGGGGCAGAUAAAUCUGAGCAUAAGAAAGAUAAGAAUGAUUUUUUGCCUUUGUAUGCUGGCAGCGCUAAGAUCAAGGAUGAGUAUAUGGUGGCUGAAUAUGCAGUGGAGUUACCACAUUCUUCCGUCAGUGGAGGGCACCUACAAGAAGCAAAUUCUGGAGAAAUACACCCACCUAAACUGGUGCUCAAAAAAGUUAACAGUAAGAGGAGCCUAAAACAGCCACUAGAGCAAAGCCAGACCAUUUCAUCUUUAGCGUCUUACGAAGACAGCAAGGUUUCUAAGUAUCCCUUUGAUCUUGUGGAUAAACAAGGCCUGUUGGACUCUGAAGGCAAUGCUGACAUUGACCAAGUUGAUACUUUGCAGGAAGGCCCCAGUAAACCUGUACACAGCAGCACAAACUAUGAUGAUGCAAUGCAGUUUUUAAAGAAGAGGCGGUAUCUCCAAGCAGCUAAUAGUAAUAGCAGAGAAUAUGCCUUGAAUGUAGGCACCAUUGCCUCUCAACCUUCAGUCACACAGGCUGCUGUGGCCAGUGUCAUAGAUGAAGGUAGCACAGCCUCAAUACUGGAUACAUCAGGGCUGAAUGUGGAGAUUAAAGGCAACCAUGACAAAAAUGUCAUUCCAGAUGAGGUACUUCAGACUCUCUUAGACCAUUAUUCCCAUAAAGCUAAUGGCCAGCAUGAAAUAGCUUUUAAUGUGGCUGAUACAGAAGUGACCUCUAGUAUAUCAAUCAAUUCUUCUGAAGUGUCAGAAGUCACACAAACUGAGAAUGUUGCAACAAGUUCUCAAGGUUCCUCAUCCGAUAAAGCCAGUAUGUUACAGGAAUAUUCCAAGUUUCUUCAGCAAGCUUUGGAUAGAACUAGCCAAAAUGAUGCCUAUUUGAAUAACCCAAGCCUUAAUUUUGUGAGUGACAACCAGACUCUUGCAGGGCAACCAGCGUUCUCUUCUAUAGACAAGCAGGUCUAUGCAUCUAUACCGGUCAACAGUUUUCGAUCAGGAAUGAACUCUCCAUUAAGAACAACUCCAGACAAGUCUCACUUUGGACUUAUCGUUGGCGAUUCCCAGCACUCUUUUCCCUUUUCAGGCGACGAGCCAAAUCAUUCUUCCUCAUCCUCUACCCAGGACUUUCUGGAUCAAGUUACUUCUCAGAAGAAGGCAGAAGCACAGCCUGUCCACCAAGCAUAUCAAAUAAGUUCCUUUGAGCAACCGUUCAGGGCUCAGUACCAUGGAACAAGAGCUGGAAUGUCAUCUCAGUUUAACACUACUAAUGGGCAGGUGAACCUGCGGGGACCAGGGACAAGCUCUGAAUUCCCAGAAUUCCCUUUGGUGAAUGUAAAUGAUGCUCGAGCUGGGAUGAACUCUUCACCUGAUGCCACAACAGGCCAGACAUUUGGCUAAGAAAAUCUGUAGAAAUAACACGGGCACUUUAGCAUGGGUCUGUCAAGAGUAAGCAUCUUCUGUAUAAGAUGGAGUCAGUCCUAUCCAAAUUUAAGGCCUUGGGUUACAACAAAAAAGUAAGCCGGUACAGAGUAUUGGCGACUGCUUUUUGUGUAUGUGGUUAGUCACCAUUCUUUUUGAAUUGCCUUAUAUGUGGGUGUCCACUGAAAAGGCAGAUGGUUAUUUGCUUGCUGGAGAUCAGGAGCUUGCUAUGUUGAGAUUUUAUACAAGACAAAAGAAACCAAAAAACCCAGAUAAGAUGUCUCUCCUGUAAUAACUGCUUAGUUUGGUAACAUUGGUUAUUUUGGGGAGAAUGAUAAUUAUGAGAUUAUUCAUUUUGGAAUUUCCUGGUUAGUUAGUCAAGCCAUUGCACUUCAGCAGGGAACAUGAAUAUAGACUGUACAGAUAAUAUGAAUUUAAAAGUUUUAAUGUCAGGAGAUGAUGGCUAGACAACUAUAGUGCAUUCUGGGGGGGGGGGGAAUCCAUUUUAUCAACUCUCUUAAAAAGUAAUACACAUAAUAUUCCUUCUUGGUUUCUUUGAAUUUGCUUUUACAACACAUAGAGAAAGGUAAUUAUGUUUUCUAGAUGCACUCCCCUAUUUAAAUGUCUGAUUCAAUUAAAAGUACUUUAAAAGGAAAAUACUAUUAAUGCAUUUACUUCAUUCCUGAAGUAUUGCAUAUUUCUUUGUACCUUUGAAGGCAAACAUGACUAUGUUUUUAUCUCCAAUUGACAGGUAUCAAGAUGGUUAGGAUUGAACUAAAAUGCUUUGUAGAUGACAUUCCCAUUUCCAUAAUGUUUAUAUGAAUGGUGAACUCCAGGUUUUAAGAGUUUAAAUUGUACUUCAGCCUACAAAUCUGCAAUAAUUAACAUUAGAGCACUUAGAUUCUUUUCCAUUUUUCUUUCUUUCUCAAAAAUAAAACUAUUUUAGACCUUUAGGUUUGAUGUGGCUGCAUCAUUAUCACCUUACAUAACAACAGAAGGGUUAUCUUAAUGAACAGUUUCAUUGCAGUUUUACCAACUAGAGCUGGUGACUGAGAACAGUGACCAAAAGAUAAAUGGUCAAAGUUUUGCUGCAUUUCACAAAUAAAUUAACUGCAAACUU